CGUGUGGUAGCUUGUUGACAUCAGUACCGGGUACCGGAUGCGGAUGUGGACACGUGCGUGGCUCGCAAAUCUCUCGCCAAAUCUCGACUUGACGCGACUCUAGUGCAGGGCAAUCCCGGUGAUCCCACGUCCGGUUCGCUGCACUUCAAAAACAUAUAUCCCCAACACGAAAUUUGCAACAUUUUUUUUUUUCGCGGCAUCACGUGUGUGUUUGUGGUGUGUCCUGGUGUGUGUUUCGAGUGUGUGUUGCAUGCAACUGCAGUUGCCCCGUUUUCCAGUUAGCAGUUCGCAAUUAAAGACUCGCCAGCUCUUUGCAACUGACCAACAGAGAGGCUAGGCUCUUGGUGAGAGAGACUGGCACAGAAAAAGCAGAGAUAUACAAAAUUACAUCAGUAAAUGAUAGCCUCUGCGAAUGUGGGAGUAUCUCGGCCCGCCUGUUGCCGUCGCCUUUCAGUGUUUGGUUGAAUGCAGCAGCAUCUCCGUCAUCAUCACAAGCCAUCAUCAGCCAUCACCAGCUUCUUCGAGUGCGAACAGUUAUCGGCACGCCACACCCCCAGAACGCCUAGCAACGGCAGCAGAAGAGAGCGCAAGGAGAAGCGUAAAUAAAUAUGAUUAAGCUUAAGAAUAUAUAAUAAUAAAAAAAAAACGGAGAAGCAGACGCAGGAGAAGAGGGAAAGUUCAAAUGAAAUAACGCAAUAUAAAAACAUAAAUAACGAAGAAGAGUACAAACCAAAAAAGAAGACGAAGUAGACGCAGCAACAGAAGCAGCAGAAGCAGAAUCAGAAGAGCAGAAGAAAGCGCGCAACAAGGAGAAGGAGAAGGAAACGGAAGGAGCGGCAAGGCGCAAAGACGAAGGCGAAGGCGAAAAAGGUGAAGCAUACAUUUGGCCUGCUGCAAGACGAGAAGAAACAAAAAAAGGAGAAGGGGCAGUAGCAGUAACCAAAGCAACAAGAAGACGGUGCAGCAGCAGACGAAGCAGGAGAAGGAAGAGUACCAGAAAUAGAAGAGCAGCAGCCGGACAAGAGAGAAUCGAGCUCAAUUACGCCGCCAAACUGUCGUGUCAGCAAGAACGUGAAAUGUGCAAUUCCUGGCUGCUGCUCAUAAUUGCGCUCUCCGUCGUCGUCUGCCUGUGGAACUCGCAAUACACCGAAACAUCCAAAUCAUGCCCAGCCGAGUGCAUCUGCUUGUCCCAGACUCAAGUGCUGUGUAACACGGGCGGCCUCGAACAGAUACCGCUGCGCCAGCUGCCGGCGACAGUGGAGAACCUGGCGCUGACCAAGAACAACUUUCCGAUCAUCAAGCCGGACUCGUUCGCCGGGCUGAGGGCGCUGAAGAAGCUGUCGCUUGACGGCAACAACAUAACACGGAUCAAGCAGUUCGCCUUCCGGGGACUGCCGCGGCUCAAGGAGCUCUCCAUCCAGUACACGCCACUCCAGACGGUGGCACAGUUCGCAUUUGCUGGACUGCAAAACCUGUCGACCAUUCUGCUCAGCCACAACCAGAUCCAGCGGAUCGAGGGCAAUGCCUUCGCGGGGACGUCGAACAUUAAGCUGAUACUCCUGACAAACAACCCGCUGAUCCGCAUCGACAGCUCGGCCUUCUCCAGCCUGACGAAUGUGGGACACCUGAUCCUGCCGUCGGGCAUCCGGAGCAUCGAGCAGGAUGCCUUCUUCGGUAUGGAUGCGGUGGGGCUGUUGAAGUUGGCCUACAUGGACCUCAAGGAGAUCGCACCCUUCACCUUUCGCGGGCUGUCCAACGUUCUGCUGCUGACAUUGCAGGAGUCCGACUUGGGCGUGAUCUGUGCAGACGCCUUCACGGGCCUCACCCAGGUGGACACUCUGCAGAUCCUCAACAAUAAGAUCGACUCUAUCGAGGAGCUUAACUUCACCAGUACGGCGGCCAUCAAGCACCUCAAGUUCCACGGCAAUCACGUGCUGGAGACACCGGACCCGAACGCCAUCAUCGUGGACGGGGUGGAUCAUCUGCAGCUGAUGAACAACCACUUCCCCUGCGGCUGUCACAUCCACACCCUGCUGGACGGGCCCCUGGCCGAGGGGGCCUACAACCUGAGCGACUUCCUCCAGAAGAACUACUGCAUCUCGCCGCUGGAGGUGAACGGACGCGUGAUGAGCGAGCUGGACAUCGACUCGAUUGGCCGCUGCUCCGACCAGCUGACCAAGGGCAAUCUGGGCAGCUCCGCCGCCUCGCUGGCCCUCAGCAUCAACUCCAUGUUCCUCAUAGCCGCCGCCAGUUGCGUGGAGUGGCGCCAUGUCCGGUUCCUGGCCACGCGGCUCGUCCAGCUGCUCGGUCAUGUGGCAUGGCGACGGCGACGGAAACGGCGGAAGGGCAACUAGGUCGCGCCCAGAGUCGCGCUCUCACUCGUACUCCUCCUCCGCCUGUUAGGUCUGCCCACGACCAAGGUAGGUAGCCCCAACCCACGGCUUUGUGUAGUCUGUAAGUCAUGUGACACCUGCUUAAUUCCCUGAAUCUCCCGUACGGAGCAGCAG